UUCUUUUCAUACGAACGCAGUUCUCCUGAAAUCCACGCGUUUCUCAAGCAAAAACUCAGCUGAAAAAAUUCAAUUUUCUCGCAGUGAAUUAUCGUCGCAAGCAUCAGAGUUCCCGCAAACAAAGGCCCCGCAAAUCGUGUGAGACGAGCACUAUCAAAGAUUCCCGAAACAUUUGCUAGAAACUGAUUUAAACGAGGAUCAAAAAUGGCAGCCGAACAAGAUAUUCCCACAUUCAAGUGCGUGUUAGUUGGCGACGGCGGUACCGGCAAAACGACCUUCGUGAAGCGCCACAUGACGGGCGAAUUCGAAAAAAGGUAUGUCGCAACGUUGGGCGUCGAAGUGCAUCCGCUCGUGUUCCACACAAAUCGCGGCCCAAUCCGUUUCAACGUCUGGGAUACCGCUGGGCAGGAGAAAUUCGGCGGAUUGCGUGACGGUUACUACAUCCAGGGGCAAUGUGCCAUCGUUAUGUUUGACGUUACGUCGCGAGUUACAUACAAAAAUGUCCCCAAUUGGCAUCGUGACUUGAUCCGUGUCUGCGAAAACAUCCCGAUUGUUCUGUGCGGCAACAAGGUUGACAUCAAGGAUCGCAAAGUCAAAGCCAAGAGCAUCGUAUUCCAUCGGAAAAAGAAUUUGCAGUACUACGACAUUUCCGCCAAAUCAAACUACAACUUUGAGAAGCCCUUCUUGUGGUUGGCACGCAAAUUGGUUGGCGACCCAAAUCUCGAAUUUGUUGCAAUGCCUGCCCUGCUUCCGCCCGAAGUCAAGAUGGACAAGGAAUGGCAAAUUCAAAUCGAAAAAGAUCUACAAGAAGCUCAAGAGACUGCCUUACCAGAGGACGACGAGGAUUUGUAAAAUGCUGCGUGUGUGACUUCAAUUUGCGCCCCGAGUACAUUUACUAUAUUAUGAUUAUUACGUUUAAACAUUAAAAAUUCAAUUCAA